ACAGUGAUCCCACGAUCCUAUGAAAUAACUUAGUAUAAAAGCUCAAAAGGGAUGCAGGUUUGAAGCUUUAGGAUAAAGUGAUUUUCUCCCAACGUGAGGUGAGAGCUCCUCCUCUUCCUGCUCCGUUCUGCAGCUGAACCAGCCUUUUCCUGACGCUCCAAGGAAUCCCUGGCACAAAACCCAAAUGUGUCACAAAACCCUGUGUGGGUUUUGUAAUUUCUUUGGUAGCACAGGGGUGGGGAAGUGUGAGGUGGUGGUUUUCACAUUGGAGCAGCCCCUGGAGCUCCAUCCUCUUUGCAGUGUCUCUGUAAAAUACCCACCAGCUCAUGGCUGAGUUCCUGCCACUUUGAGGACGUUCUGUGGGUUUUUCUGCCUUAUUCUGAUCUGUUUAUUUAUCCUCUCCCUUUGAGGUUGGCCUGCUCUCUUCGUGGUAGGGUUUAACCGUGCAGUGUGUUAGUACAACAUGUGUUUCUGCCUUAUUAUUGUAAUUAGCUGACUUAAUUGGGUCUCUGCUCUUCCCAGGCUCUAAGCUGAAUCUGGGAGAAGAUGGUAAAGUAUUGUCCAUCUUCCUCAGGCAUCCAGGCCUCUCCCAGUUGAUGGCUCCAACAAGGAUGGAUGUUAAAUGUAGUAACUUUGUACCAUGUGAUAACUUCGAAGCACCUCAAAACUACCAGAAAGACCCUAAAAAUCCCCCCUCUGCUGUGGUUUGUUGCAGGCACAGCUGAGAGCCUUCAUCCCCGAGAUGCUGAAGUAUUCCACGGGCCGUGGGAAGCCAGGCUGGGGCAAGGAGAGCUGCAAACCCAUCUGGUGGCCCGAGGACAUCCCCUGGGCCAACGUCCGCAGCGACGUCCGCACGGAGGAGCAGAAGCAGCGGGUGUCCUGGACCCAGGCCCUGAGGACCAUCGUGAAGAACUGCUACAAGCAGCACGGGCGCGAGGACCUGCUCUACGCCUUCGAGGACCAGCAGACCCCACAGACCACGACCACGCACAGCAUCGCCCACCUGGUGCCCUCCCAGACCGUGGUACAGACCUUCAGCAACCCCGAUGGCACCGUGUCCCUCAUCCAGGUUGGCACCGGCGCCACGGUGGCCACGCUGGCCGACGCCUCCGAGCUGCCCACCACGGUCACCGUGGCACAAGUGAACUACUCCGCGGUGGCCGACGGAGAGGUGGAGCAGAACUGGGCGACGCUACAGGGGGGUGAGAUGACCAUCCAGACGACGCAGGCGUCGGAGGCCACGCAGGCGGUGGCAUCGCUGGCAGAGGCGGCCGUGGCAGCGUCCCAGGAGAUGCAGCAGGGAGCCACUGUCACCAUGGCACUCAACAG